AUGGAAGAAGCUCCUAUGCCUUAUACUCCUCCAUCUUCUCCUCCAAAACAAUCAAACUUACCCAGUUUGUAUUGCGCUCUUAUUAUUGUAGGAACAGCAGUUUUCCUGCUUGGCCUCUACAAUUUCAUCAGCACUCGAUGGUGCAACGAUAAUAACCACAGGGAUCAAUCUCUUCAACAAAGUUCACGUCAUGUUUCUCAUCAUAAUGUUAACGUGAACAUAGUUUCCAGUUUCAGGUACAUGAAAGAAUUAGGAGUUGAAGUUGAAGCAAAUCAUGAUGAGAAAAACAAUGAUUAUGAAUGUGCUGUGUGUUUAUCAGUUUUUGAAGAAGGAGAAGAAGUGAAGCAACUUCCAAUAUGCAAGCACUCUUUUCAUGCUUCUUGUAUUGAUAUGUGGCUUUAUUCUCACUUGGAUUGCCCGUUGUGUCGUUCUCCGGUGGAGCCGCCAGUGCUUCACCGGAAUAGUUUCACAAGGCAAGAGGAAAGUUCUCGAGAUGGAUUGAUAGUUCAAGCCAGUUCAGUAUAG